UCAGGUCCGCGAAUUGUCAGCGCGCUCCGGAGACUGCUGAGCCGGGGCGGCCGCCUGGCUUGCGGUGCUCCCUUCGAGGUGCGGGUCAGAUUCAGUGUGUCCUGGCCCGCCGGGGCGUGGGAAACAACCGGUUCGGGGCAACUUGGAACUGAGAACCUGCAGAAGGGGCGUCGGUCUGUGAUCGGGACUCGGCAAGGAGGAUGGAAAUCCUCUAUGAAUGUGGAAGCCAUUAGCAGAGUAAUUGCUGUCUGUUGCCAUGACAACCAGCCGCUGCAGUCACCUGCCUGAAGUCCUGCCAGACUGCACCAGCUCGGCUGCACCCGUGGUGAAGACUGUGGAGGAUUGUGGCAGCCUAGUGAAUGGGCAGCCACAGUAUGUCAUGCAAGUUUCAGCCAAGGACGGGCAGCUGCUGUCAACAGUAGUGCGGACUCUUGCCACCCAGAGCCCCUUCAAUGACCGGCCAAUGUGCAGGAUCUGCCAUGAGGGCAGCAGCCAAGAAGACUUGCUCUCUCCAUGUGAAUGUACGGGGACCUUGGGGACAAUUCAUCGGAGCUGCCUGGAGCACUGGCUGUCGUCCUCAAACACCAGCUACUGUGAACUCUGCCACUUCAGGUUUGCAGUCGAGCGCAAACCCAGGCCGUUAGUGGAGUGGCUCAGAAACCCUGGCCCCCAGCAUGAGAAGCGGACUCUGUUUGGAGACAUGGUGUGCUUCUUGUUUAUUACCCCACUAGCCACCAUCUCAGGCUGGCUGUGCCUGCGGGGCGCCGUGGACCACCUGCACUUUAGUAGUCGGCUGGAGGCCGUCGGACUGAUUGCACUCACUGUCGCACUCUUCACUAUUUACCUCUUUUGGACACUAGUGUCAUUUAGGUACCACUGUCGAUUGUACAACGAAUGGCGUCGGACCAAUCAGAGGGUGAUUCUCCUCAUCCCAAAGUCUGUCAACGUACCUUCUAACCAGCAGUCCUUGCUGGGCCUCCACUCGGUCAAGAGGAACUCAAAGGAGACAAUUGUUUGAUGUUUGUGUUGGUUGGUUGAUUCGUGUUUUGGGUUUGGAAGUUUCUGCACUGGGGCCAUGCACUGAGCCACCUCCAAGCCCUUCCUUAACCUUGUGGGUCUAAGAACAUCCAGAGCUGUGUUAGCACAUCGCCCGAGCAAUGAACUCUGCCAGAAGAAGGCAAAUGCUGUUUUUCUUCAAAUCGUGGAUGCUGCAAUCAUAUGAUAUUUGCUAAGCUGCCAAACAUGUUUAUUUAGCAGAUACUCUAUGGAAUUUUCUGAACACCUCUUUAACAUGUGAGGAAGGUUGUCCUGCUAAGGAUGCAAUUCAAUUCUUCCUUUUUUAUUACUAUUUCAAAAUAUAUAUAAAAAUAUAUAUUAAACUUAGAUGAUAAUCAAAAUCGAAAAGCCAAUGUAAAAACUGGUUUCUUGGUUUGGAUGGGUUUCAUUUGGGUUAGUUUGUUUCCCGGUUUCUACUGUGGACUCUUUGGGGGUAAUUUGAUAGCUUGAGUGGUAUUUUUCAUCUCUUUCAUGUCUCUUACUCAAAGAGACACCAUAAUGACUACAGAACAGGUCAUAUGUUUAAAGGAUGUUUUGUACUAAACCUCAUUUAAUUAUUCAGUUUUUAAAGGGAAAAAAGGCGUGGCAACUCUCCACACAGUGAGCUGUUUAUUUAAAUAUCAUUAAGAAGAAAAAAAAAUUAUGGUGAGAAGCACCUCCUUUCAACCUGUUUGGUACUGACAGCUCAUAGAAGCUAUUUUCUAAUAAUAAAUAUCCAGUGUGUGAAAGACAAACCCUACUGAUUGCAAUACUCUUUUUUUAAAUCGUAAAACCUGUUAAGUUUCCCCAAAGUAGGUUUAAAAAAGAAAAAAAAAAAAAGGAAAAGCAAAAAGAUUGGUGUUAUCCCUCCCCUUUCAUUGAGUGCAUGUCUUAAUUCUGCAUUCCUAAUGAAUUGGUGGAUCAUUAGACAUUUCUAGGAACCCUAGACCUGUUUGGCAUAUCAAUUAGCAUUCUCAUUGCUGUAUUGAAUUUGUAGCUUGACAGGUAGAUGUGACAAAAAAGCCUGUCCUAGCAGCGGUGCACUGAGUCUAAGACCCCUUUGUCUGAUUUUUUUUAAACCCCACACAGUGCCUUUCCUAACCAUGAGCCAAUUCUGUCACAGGCCGAAAUAGACUUUUUCUAAGGGCUUCGUGUCACCCUUUCAUCCAUCUCAGCUCAGAGGGUCUGACGCUUAGCCUGCUUGGUGUGUGCUGAAGCCAGGCAGCGGACGUGUCUUCCAAGGAGGACACUGGCUGCAGAAGCUCUUGCAGGGCUGUCCGCCACCCAAGCGCGCCGCGAAGAGAGGGCGGGACCAGCUUCCGGGCACGCUUAAAAUAUGGAUUUCUAGAACAUGACCCACAUUCUGAGUAUCAAUGCAGCGUCCGCCUUAUGCUCCCAAGUGGGAGAGCGAAAAGUGCAAAGGAACAUGCAGCAGCGAGGAUAAUGAUUUUUGCCUGCAGAUUGAUGGAGCUGAUGCAGGUGUCCCCUUUGUCGGACGGAGCCCUCUAUUCACAGGCUGCUCCCCGGGCUGCCCGGGGAAAACAGCUGUACUGCUCACCCCCGCAAACCUCAGAUGUGCUUUAUGGCUUGUGACAAUAGAUUUCCUCCCCACUACGCUUCACUUCGACACUUCAAUUCCAGUAAAAUACAUCUCGGCCCUUCUGUUUACGCGGCCCUGCUCACCCCUCUGGGCUGUCAUUAGCUGCGGCACCAUCAACCGUUUCUUAAUUGACCUUUUAAAAAUCCUGGACACCACUGGCUGCACGCAGCUGUCACACAUUAAAUUUCCAGAGCAAAAAGUGCAA